AAGCAGCGACUCACACUCGGAGAUUGGAGCUCAGUCUGCGUGAGCACUGCGUAACGACGGCUUCAUCCAGACACUUCUUCAUCAAUCGGCUUUAAAACAUCCUCUAGAAACCGACACCAUGGGCGUGGACGGCUGCACAAAAUGCAUCAAAUACUUGCUCUUCUUCUUCAAUUUCAUCUUCUGGCUGGCUGGUUGUGUAAUCUUGGGGGUUUCUCUCUGGCUCCGUCAUGACACUAAAACGAGCAGUCUUCUGGACUUGAAGUUUGAGGGAUCAGAACCACCCAGCACUUUCUACAUCAGUGUCUACAUCUUGAUUGCUGUCGGCGCUGUGAUGAUGUUUGUUGGAUUUCUUGGAUGCUAUGGAGCCAUUCAGGAGUCCCAGUGUCUUCUUGGAACCUUCUUUGCCUGCCUGGUCCUUCUUUUUGCCUGUGAGGUUGCCGCUGGAAUCUGGGGAUUCAUGAACAAAGACAAGAUCUCCAAAGAGAUUAUCGGUUUCUAUGACUCUGUGUAUGACAAAGGCGUUACCUACUCUGGUGAGGAAAAGAAUCCUGCCACGACUGUCCUGAAGGUCUUUCACGAGACUCUUCAGUGCUGUGGUAAAGGAAACAUUUUUACAGCCAUUGCUGAUAGGUGGCUCACUGACACAUGUCCUACACAUUUAAGAACGAGUGCUGAGAACUGUCACUCCAAGAUCAAGGAUCUUUUCUCUGAGAAGAUUUACCUGAUCGGCUUCGCUGCCCUGGUUGUUGCUGUGAUCAUGAUCUUCGAGAUGAUCUUCAGCAUGGUGCUUUGCUGCAGCAUCAGGAACAGCCCUGUUUAUUAAAACAGAAGGGCAAGAUAUGACCUUUAAAACAUCAGCCAAAAAAUAAUUUUGUUUUAUAUCUACCAUCUCCUAUUUUGUUUUGUAUCUACCAUUGUUUCCUAAUAUAGUCGCUCCAAUUCCUGAAGUCGCAGAUCAAUUUUUGUGCAUUUUAUUUGUCGAAAAGUGGCGGUGGAACAACCAACAACUAGUCAGCUAUCGUUUACGCUGUAGUUGAUGACUAGCUUUAACUGUAGACUUAUAAACACGCAGAGUACAUUAUCACAUGAAGGAUGGAUACAUUUAUUUGCUUGUAGUUUUUUUGUGUGUGUUAACUGUUAAGUACCGCUAUUGCUUUGGAGUUACUAUUAUUCUUUUUCGUAUGUAUAAACUGUAUAUAUUUGCAGGCCUGUGCGGCUCUUCGCAUGAACCUCAUAUUGAACCCUCUUUUCCAUCUUCCUCUCUGAGACUGCUGUUUGUAUGUACUCGUCUCUUCCUGAGAAACCACUAAAUAAACAGUGUUAGUUAGGUGAGAGUAAGCCAGAAUAUGGUGCUUUUUUGUUGGAAGUGAGAGUACAAGGAUUAAGAAUGUUUGAAGGCCCAGGUACACGGGAUUUCCUGAGUUCAGUCUUCCACAUCGUUGAAGUACACUUCAUUAUGAGCAAGCAGAUAAACGCAUUCGGCUCGUGCGACCAACCUAGUGGACCACUGGUUUCAAGUGUUUAAAUUACUCGUACAGUAAAACAAUCAGGCUAUGUAUAUGAGGCUGAACGGGACGUGGAUAAGGGAAGUAUACUUUCAGCUUAACUUGGCCAAAUCCCAGUUGGCACUCCUAAUGGCAGCAGCCAUUUUACGUGCACAAGACCACAAGUGCAGAUGAAGUGUGCCAUUUGAGAUUGGGCCUUUAUAGAAGUUGAUGAGCACUGUGUUGUUUGCUUUUUGCACCAUUCCUCUUUCAGUAGAGCUCAGAGAGGGCAAAUCUUUAAGAUAUAAUGAGUAGAAGUAAAAGUCGGUGGCUUUUUGUGACAUAAUGUUGAUAAAUUGUGGCUGUUUUUUAAUUUUUAAAAAAAAAUUUACAAUUUGGACUGAAAUACUCUUUUAAAAUAUAAAAAUAUAUACAGUAUACUAUGGAAGUCGGUGGGUAACACAUUUUUUUUAAUGCAUGCUAAUAUUGUUACAUAGAAAACCAUACAUAUGUAAAGUUAUACUCAACUUUAGUCUAAAACCUGACAAUAAACAUCAAAAUUAUCACUCAAAUAUGCUUUUGAAUAAUAUUCUUUAAUAGUUUCAAAUGUAAGUACAUUCAAGUGUGUAUUUUGAUCUUUAUUUUAGGUGCCUCAUGGGUAAAGAAUCCAGAUUAGUUGUUUUUUUGUUCAACAUUUUGCCACAGAUGCUGUCUGAUGAGCUUAACUUGUGAAUUAGCGUUGAACCUGGAAUUUUCCUUUUAAAGGUGCUGAUCUUUCAUCAUUCAGUAAAUUCGGAGCUACGUUCUUCCAUACUACUCUUACUGUUUCUGCCAUUCAAAGACAGGCUAAAAUAUUAAAGGGAUAGUUCACUCAAAUGAAAUCCGUCAUCGUUUACUCAGCCUUGGCUUGUUGAAAACCUAUUCAAGUGUCCUCUGUUGAACACAAAAUAAGUUACUUUGAAAAACACUGGUAGAACCAAGUGACUUCCAUAGUCAUUUUUAUUAUAUGGAAGUCAAUGGGGGCCAAUAAGCAGCAAUCUUUACAAUAUCAUCUUUUGUGUUCCACAGAAGAUACUUAUUAAGGUUUAAAACCACAUAAGAGGUCGUUUUCAUUUUUGGGCUGGCCUAUCCCUUUAAGAAAAUGGUUCUGAAUUCAGAAAGUGUGUUCCUUAUAUGUAUGUGAGAUCACAUAGGUGAGAGAGAGCUGAUGAAUAUCCACAACCUCUUGAUGCUGAUUAAGCUCAAUAUACAGUUAUGUAAUGUGUUUAUCUGCAUGUCUGUCAUACAAGGCGUUAGACUUAUGUACUGCCCCGGUCACUAAAGUUCUGCUCCUAUUUACAAUAAGCCAAGCCAUAGAGAGGAUUCAUACAUACCUACUAGCCUUAUAAAAUGAGACACCCUAUCCCUUAAUCACUUAGAUGGCAAAUCCAGGUCGAUUCUGAUGGAAUCAUCUAUGCUGUCAUUGCUGUAAUGUGCUACAAAAUCUCUAGACUAGAAAAUCCAAGGAUGUUUGUGUGAAUGUACACGUGUGAUAUCUGUUGACGGUGAGCUCAGAAGGAUAAGCUUUGUUGUUUAUACGAUAGACAAGCUCUUUACUCUUCACUGCCACCUCUAUCACAGAUGUAGAGUCUGUAAUACCAUGCCACACUCGCUAGGUGGCGUUCAAAUACUACUCGACUGGUGACUACACGCCAUUUCUUAAGCCUGUGUACAUGUUUUUCGUGCACUUCUUCUAGACCGCAUUAUUAGGACGCGCCCCAUCCUUGAUGAAUAAACACAAUCAGAUUUUUGAUUUUACUACAUGCAUUAUGCAACCUUGUCAUGUUAACACAUUUUGCCUAUGCUGAUAUGCUUCAAAGUGUCUUGUAAUAUGUACAGCUAUAUAGUAUACUAAUUACCAUGUAAAGACAAUGUAUGCCUUUAAUUGUGAUAACUUUUUCUGGUACUUGUCAAGAAAAAAAGAAGAACCUCAGAAAUGAAGCAUGUAAGAAUUGUACGGGGUCCUGACAUGUUAAGCAUGAUCUCUAACUACUAAAUAUUAUGAAGGAAAAAAUGAAAUAAAACAGGAUCCAGGUAUUUAAAUAUUCUGGUCUGUUAUUAAAUAUAGCAUUUGUGUUGAAAGGAUCUCGUAUUAUUUGAUACCCAAUUGGACAGAUGUCAGUUGAAGCUCUUUACCAAUUAUACCUAUUAUACAUUUUGGUCUGGUUUUGUUGCCCAAAUAUGUAGGAAUUAAAUGUAUUUUACAAAUAA